GGCCCAAAGCAGGCUGGCGCGCCUUCCCGCCAGCAGCACGGGCUCCUUGCGUGCUUCAAGCCAACGCCACGGACAGCUCGUCCGCUGCCACCACCAGCAUUCCGACGAGCAUGCUGCCUCCGCCCAGGCCGUCCCUGCCCGCCCGCUGCGAACGCUCCCCGCCCCAGUCGCCAUGAGCAACGACGUCCCCACGCCCAUCUCCGACGACGAGGUCGUGGCCCUGGCCAAGGCCGCCUUCGAGCAGUCCCGCGACGACAUCAACCACCGCGCCGCAGAGACGCCCAAUGCCCAGCGCGACCUGCAGUCGCAGCAGCCCGGCAUCACCAUCGACCUCGGCCACAAGAGCAUUGCCCGCCUGCCGGACGAGGUCAUCGAUGUCAUCCGCGCCGAGAUCGAGAGGCUUGCCCUCUCGCACAACCUCCUGACCACCCUGCCGACCCGCAUCGUCGAGUGCAAGCGCCUCCGCUACCUCAACGUGCGCUACAAUGCCAUGCGCGAGAUCCCCGACUGCAUCUUCGACAUGACGUCGCUGGAGAUUCUCGAUGUGAGCAGGAACAAACUGAGAUAUAUCCCGCCCAAGAUCGCCAAUCUCGCCUCGCUCAAGGUCCUGGCUAUUGCCAAGAAUCGGAUAGAGGAGCUGCCCGUGUGCUUGGGGGAGAUGAACAGUCUGCAGGUCCUGAAGCUCGACGGCAAUCAGCUGGUGUUUCCUCCCCCUGAUGUCUGCACAAUCAAAACCAAUGCUCCGUCGCCGGCGAACGAGAACGAGCGAGACGCAGUCAUCUCGACCCAAGUCAAGAAAUUCAUGCGCCAGCACGCAUCCAAGGAGAAGCAGCGCGUCGACAUGGAUCGCUUGCGGGUCGAAUCGUCUGGUGAUGAGAGUUGGACUGAAAGCAACCCCGAAACACCGCGCCCUUCAAGGCGCAUCAAUGGUGGACGGUUUCCCGUCAAGCCGAGUGUGAGCAACAUCGAAGGCUUCCCAGAAAAUCGCUCCGACUCACCGGGCAUGGCGCCACCCGUGCCUGCCCGAUCACACUACCGUGUAGCCUCCCAAACACAACCAAACGGCAUGUCCCGACGCCCACAUCCCUCGCCGCUCAUCUUGACCAAUGGCACCACCGGCUCCAACGAGCGUAACCGGAGUCAGAGCGAAGGUGGAGGCUCAGCAUCGUCUAAUCGCCAAACAAAGCGCAUGGGUAUCUACACGAAGCAGACUCCGACUCCCGAGCUCGGCGCUGUAGAUGAGCUGAAAAAAACAAGUCACUUUCGCGGUUUCAGCCAGGGCUAUCUCGUGCCUGGCAAUACUCUUGCCAACGGCAUGUCCGGCCCAGCUACAGCGAUUGGCUACGGUGACUCUAGCAGCAUGCGACCUUUGGCAAAUCGCCCACUUUCUGAUGUCUAUGAGGAUAAGCGCGGGUCUCAGGCCCCAGACAUUGUUGUGGAAGCAUCCAAGAACUUCCUCUACGCCAUCUCGCAACUGCAUGAUUGCCUUUCACACAUGAUACGCUCAAUCAAAAGGACCGCUCGGUCAAAAGACGAAAUGCGCCGGAAAGAAGACUUUUUCCGUCGCCACCAUACGACGUACCUGAACGUCCGCGCUUUGAAUGACCUUUUGCACAGAUUUGAGAUGCUUGCUGAAGAAGACGAAGAGGAUGCGCAGAAAAUCUCCAAAUCGGUCUAUCGGUACGCUCUGAGGUGCCUCGAUUCAUUCUUAGCCCUCAGCCUCUCGGUGGCAGAGAAUCGCGUCGAGAUCACACGUUAUGCAGACGCUCGUAUCGUGCGGACUUUCCUCUUCCUCCAACAGGGCAGCUUGAUAGAGAUGCGAAACGCUUGCCAGAUCUUAGGAGCUGAAUUCCGCGACAUAGCUGAGGCCAAACGACAAGUCAACGGUGCGAACAAUGUUGGCACUUUGCGACCUCGCCCGCUCAAAACGCGACGAUUCCAGCAGUCUUCACCCCAACGGAAUGGAUCUUCCCAGAUGCCACCACCAGUCAUAUUACACAGCAAUGACAAUAGUAGGACAAAUACCCUCACCAGCAUUAGUUCCGCAACGCCUCGGUCAGGCGAGUCUUUCGCUACUUUGGCUACUACUAUGUCACGGACCAACACGCUAACAAGCAAUUACGAGGAUGCAGAUGAGGACAGUCGAUUCGCAAGGAUCUUCGACAAGCUCAAGGCGACAUGCGAAAACUGCGAGUCGUCCAUACCACAGAUAAUAGAUCGUCUUACGACCAAGCACAGUCAACUAUCCAAAGACUUGGACUCUGAGGACCCAAGACUAAAAGUACUAGGCAGCUUAAUCGAGAAAAGCCACGAAGUACAGCACAUAUCCAACCGACUCUGGGACCGUUUGAGAUACAUGCAGUUUGGCGACCACUACGUGCGUAACCAACCGGACUUCUGGCAACAGUGCAUGGGUCUCAUCAAGGCAUGGGGUGACCUGGCACAAGCUAGCACGGCUCAAGGGCGAAAUAUGGGUCUGCUUAGUCCCGAGGUGAAACAACUGAUGAAGCCACUACACAAGACAGUGAAGGAUGCUAGUCUGGCUAUCAACGAUUCUCCCUGGUCGCAUCUUACAUCGAACAACCCUGGACUCAUGUCUUCGCUCUCGUCCUUUACUUCCCGAACCCAGCCUCCAAGAUUCUUGAGCAAGUCAACCAUGAGUUCUGGCACUGGUCUCUCGCUUCCCGGUCCGAUCAACACUGCCAUCACGAAUCUGAACUCGGCAUAUGCGCAGCCCUACUCCACCUCAAGCGUAGGGUCCCAGGGUUCAGGAGGUUACAUCACCCCAGUGCCGGCAACACCGUUAAGUGCAGCUUUGGGUGCUGCUGCACAGGCAACGAUUCCGAACACGCCUAGCCAUCCUCCACAUCUCUCUACCAGCACGAUCAACUUCAACGAGCGUGCUGAUCGAUUUCUAAGCCAGACUGCCCGGCGCAUUUGAUGUCGGUAAUUCAAGCGCCAGCUGUAUAUCUUCAGUGGCAUAGACUUAUCCACAACUACUUGUAUCUUUAUUCGACAUUCCAGCGAAGGUGUUUGAGGUAACUUGGUCUUUCAGGUUCGUAAGGGCUCAAUUGCAUGGCUUAGGCGUUGGGGUGCGCCACUUGGGUACGCGCAUUUCCUAUCUGGCAUUUGAGGUGUUGUGAUGAUUUCAAGUCAUGUUUUACCGAGGGAUCGCAUCAUGUGUAUUGGAAUGCUUCAGACGAGCAAUGUAUGUAGGACAAUUGGUGUCAUCCGGUGACACCUCUAUUACCCACGAUGAAGCCGCUCUACUUCUGGUAUUGCUGCUGUGCAUGUUUCCUAGGAGCGCGUGUUUUCCAUUUGCGGAAUUUCAGGUCGUUCAAAGUGCAGUCAAUU